UGUAAAAAACUUAGAAAGAAAUACGAAAAAAUAAAAGCGACUCAAGAACUUUAUGGGCUUUCUCAGAUAUUAACAAAAAAAAAAUUGAAAAAAUAACACAAAAAAGCAAAAACUAAAAACAAGUUUUACCACUUUGCCAUGACAACAAAAGCACCACCAGCACAACGGCAGCAUCAACAGCAGCUUACCUACCUACCGGCCAACAUUUCAACAGACAGACCAAUCAGUCUGCCGGUAAACGAUUUAGACUGAAGUUGUGGUGCAAAGCAGCUGAGCCUGAGUUAUUGAGCGUGCGCCGCGAGUGUAAAGUAUAUGGCGGUGGCAUUACCGAACAGCUGACCGGAGUUUUAAAUCAAGUUCAGUGGAAAAGAAUUGAAAUUGACUAUUCUUGUGUGGUGUGUGGAAAAUAUUUAAAAUAACAGAAAUUCUUUGAAUUGUGGCGUGCAAAGUAAGACAAAAUAAGAAAUUAUGUGGAGAAAAAAGACUAUUAAAAAAUGCAGUUCUUCGAAACUUAAACACGUAACGCUAUAAAUAUGCACAGAAAGCCUUUUAAAGAAGUGAAAAGGCAACCAAGCGCUGGCUAGCAAUAUUUGAGUUAAAGUCUCUAAAAGGAAACUAAAGGGAAAACAAAAGAAUUGGAUAGCGGAAUCUAACUAACACAUGAAUAGUUAUUCCAAUCUAUUAAGAAAUCGACUUGGAUUCGCGAAUUCACCAGAUCAACUGGUGAGUAAAGCUGAAUAAUAAACGCAUAACCUAAGAAACCGCCUCACGAUGACAACAAAAUCGGCAGCAGUGACACUGGGCAUUAGUGGUCGCAUUAGUAGUAACAAAACUAGCAACAGCACCACCUCUUUCCCCACUCGUCAUGCCCACAUAACACAGUCAUCGCCAACUACUGCCAAACGUGGACAUAUCCGGUCCGCAUCGUUGGAGAAUAGCAAUACCUUCAACGCAAAAAACACGCUCGGCUUGCCAACGACUAUUGGGGUGGGACAACAACAAAGUCAACAACUACAACAGCAACAUACAACAGUAGUGAGUCACACCGGCACGCUAAAGUCGCGCAAUGAACAAAAGCGCAUGCGCGGACAGAAGUUUGGCAGUCACAGCAGUUUGGAUCAGGACGCAUUGCCCAGUUCGGGACGAACCAAAUUCCAAAAUAUACGUCAAAUAUUUGAGAUAACCAAAAAACGUACUUUCGGUGGAGGGGGUGGUGGCAGCACAGCAACUGUAGCUGAGAAGUUGAGUGCCACCAAUCAAGGUGUUGAACAUAACAGUAAGACUUCAUGUGAUGACACACAACGCUUGCACUCGUUGCCGCCUGCCAUGUCAGCGAGUGUUAUGAGUAACGCCGUUGCAGUUACCUCCUCAUCUUCAGCCACCACCUCCUCCUUCACGGCUCCGCCAUUGAUGACAACCUCAAUGCCGAGCCUACAACUGCGUCAACAGACGGCACAACAGUCAUUGCAACAGCAACAAUUAUUAGCUUAUCCACAAAAUCAACAAUUGGUGCGUAAGCCAACGCCAACGCUGAUGGGCGGCAACGGAAGCGGAAAUCGUAGUAGUUACUCGGAAAUGAUAGAUCGGCUGAGUAUUUCGGAGGGUGUGGGCGCUGACAAUGUGCAUGGAGGUGGUGGAUGUAUGUCUGGGACUUUCAACAGUGUCGGUGGCAGUGCAAUGAAUUCUAAGCAAAAAUUACGUCUACAACAACAAUUACAGCAACAACAACAGUUGGUGCAACAACAACAUGAAUUGCAGCAACAACACCACUUGCAGGCACAAAGGCACCAUUCACAGCCGGCAAUGGGUCAACAGGCGCACCCACAGCACCAGCCACUAAUGCAACAACAACAACAACAACGCCAGCAAAUACAACAAAUGCAAUAUCAGAAACAGCAGCAGCUGCAGCUUAAUUCCAGCAGUAAAACACACUUGCCACACAUCACAACUGCUACGGGACAAAUGUCAGCAACAACAAAAACCACGACAACAUCAAUAUCAACAUUGAAUGACAGCGGAGAAACCAGCGAGCAGCCAAAGACAUCACCAGCAACAGCACCAAACACUUCAGCCACGGGUACUAUACCGACAACCACAUCCAUGAUGACGUCAUAUGAGAAUCUUUUGCGUCCCAUCGCAUUCAAGCCAAUCCCCUUCGAGCCGGACUUUAGCAUACAGCAGCAGCAGCAGCAACAACAACAACAACAACAAAAUGGGUCACAUUAUAUUGGCCACGAUGUUGCUGUUACUGCAGCGCCAGCGCCAACGACAACGACAACUGCAACAACUAUGCCGACGUCUUCGGUUAUUGUGGGCGAUCGUUACGGCUCGACGCCAUCACUUGCAGCAGUUCAGGGUUCGAAUAAUAUGCGUUUUGGCAGCACGUCCGAUUUGCGACAUGGCAGCGCUGGCGUAGGCGGGGGCGGUGGUGUCAGCGUUGGUGGCAACAUUCACGGAAUCGGCGGGGCAGUGACCGCCGGCGGCGGUAUACUUGGCGGCAUUAAUUGCGGCGCUUAUUCAAGCAAUAAUUAUUGCAACAGUCUGAUGGCUCGUCGUCGUGGUUCCAGAUUGUUGAAAAUCAACGAUAGCAUGGAAUCGAUUCGGCAUACACCGGAUUCGGAUGCGAAUAGUCAAAGUAGCACAAUUAAAUCCACUGGUAGUAGCAGUCUCACUAACAACAUGAACAACAACAACAACAACAACAACGUCAACAAUAACAAUGGUUUUGCUGGUGCAAAUGGUUUUAGUUGUAACGUCAGCGUGGGCAGCAGCAACACACUUGGCAGUGGCAAUUCGAACGGCAGCAAUAGCUGUAGCAAAUAUCACCUCUUAAGCGGUGAACAGUGCGACAUGACACCCUCGCCAUCCGAUUCGGGCAUAUCAGAUUUAGAAGCCGCACUGAAGGAUCGCGAUUCGGAACUCUCGUAUCUACGUCAAACAAUGGAACACAAUGAGAAAGUAAUAUUCCGUGUACAAAAGGAUAAGGAGAACUUCUGGGAACAGGAGACGAAACGUUUGAAGACAUUCUAUGAGGCGCAACAACGGGAAUAUCUGUUGAAAAUGAAGAAAAUGGAACAAAUGUUGGCCAUGCAACAAUUCCAAUUCAAACAGCAUAAGCUGCGGCAUACAGAGCAAUCGAAUAAGUUGAGGGAACAGGUGGCCGAUUUGAAGAAUGAAAAUGAAAUCUUGAGGAGCACCAACGGCAGUCUGAAGAACUCGGAGCGCAAUCUAAAAGACAGUGUUGCCUAUAUCGAAGAACAACUGCGCGAAUCGGAGAAUACCAUCGUUGGUUUAAGAGCACAGUUAGAGGAGAGUGAAUGGAAAGUUUGUGAACGCAAUGGCGAGCUCGCUCUCCUAAAAUCCCAACUCAAAGAGGCUAACGUCGAAAUCACGCUGAAAGAGCACGCUAUUGUGCAUCUGCGUCAUGAGAACACCAAUGCAGAAACACAAAUCUACGAAAGCUUGCAGGAGAACCAGAAAAUGACCAAACAAAAGAAGCAAGUCGAAAAGGAGCAGGCGCGUACCGAAAAACACACCGAAACCGAACUGAAACAAUUAAAUAAAAUUAUUAUACUCAAAGAUCAAGUAAUACUCGCGCUCACCAACGAGUUGGCCAAACUGCGUAAAGAGCUCUCCGAUUUGGCCAUCUUCCAAGAAUAUGGCGAGGAACCAUCGGGACGUUUCAUACGUCUAAAGCAACAGCUAGACAAUCUCACAGACAUUUGUAAUCGGACGCGUCGUCAGGCGCUCAAAUCCGACAUAACUGCGGCGCUGACAGCCAAAGAGAAGGUCAUUGACGACACAAAUCUGGAGUUGAUCAUGAACUGCUUGAAAAUAGCACCGCCGCUCGUCGAUACCGAUGAAAGUGAGAAUGAGAUGCGCGAACGCAACGAGCAGUGUAAUCAACGCGCAGCCGAGAAGCGUUUGGCCAAAAUGUCUGCGGACAUACAGAACUUUGUUUACGGCGCGCCGAAUCUGCCCGACAUUGCCGUAAAUCAUCAACAUCACACUCAGCAGCAGCAGCAGCAGCAACAGCAGCAUAAGCCACUCAAGUACACGCACUCGAAUUCGAACACACUGGAGGAGUCCACACUGGAUACGCUAAUCGAAGAGUCGGCAAGCUAUGCUGAGGAGAUUGGCAAGCUGCGCAAACAGCUCGAUGAUGUGCGUGUCAAUUUCGAGUUGGAGAAGCGUCAGUGGUGUGAGGAGCGUGAGAAGGUGUUGAAUUACCAAAAACAAUUGCAAGCGCACUACAUAAAUAUGUAUCAGAAGCUGCGUAGCUUGGAGGGGGGUUCCAAUGAGGUUUAAACUGGAAGGACGCCGAAAAUGUGGGGGAAAAAUAGAGUAGUAAAUUUUCGUUCAUUUGCAAAGCGUUUGCAAAUAGUUUAAUUAUUUUAUAUUGUUAUUGUAAUUUUAGGCA